CUCUCCCCGCCCACUGCGAGUUUCAAUCCCGCCCACUACGAGUUGCAGCCCCGCCCAGCAGACGGCUGUGACGUCGGAGCAGGUUCCUUUCCUCGCACUGAGAGCUGGCAGGGGAGCAGCUGGGACCGGGGUGAUGCGGCCGGACACACGGACUGUCAGAGUCCCUUGGUUUUACGUUUGGUGCCUUUCUCUGGAACCCAGGUGACACCCACCCACCCAUUAAAGGGAGACAAGCAUCACCCACCAGCGGCUAAAGGAACCACUUAAGAAAGGGCCGGAUGCCAUGGUGCCCCUGCGGUUGGUACUGCUCCUCCACAUAAUCCAUUUCAGCUGCGAAAACGAGGUUGGUUCUGCCGCCAACAAUGGAUCUGCCCAGUUGUACAAUUACAGGAAAAUUCACUUGCCCGAUGAUCAUAUUCCUUAUUAUCUGCACAGUAACAGGCACGUCGCUGCACUCUGUCUCCAGGAUCUGCACUGUCCCUAUAAACAACACCUACAGAAUCUAAAUUCCUGCUGGGGUUAUGAGAAGACGUGCGCCGAGGGCCACAGAUUUGGUUAUCCAGUGUGUGACCAGGUUGACUUUGGUUGGGCUAAGACUAUAGAGGAGUCCCAGCAAGUGUUCUGGAGACAAGCAGACUUUGGUUAUGUGAAAGAGAGAUUGGCUGAAACUCAGAUAUUAUGCCGCCCCCAAGAACAGGGAGAUUCCAUGUUGGCCUGUUCCCAAAACCUCCAGCACUGCAGAGCCACAAACCUUUACCUGGACCUGAGACAUCCAAGGAGAGGACAAGAAAAGUUUGCAGAGUUGCAGUCGUACAGCUCCUUUAAGUUUAAGCCUAUAGAAGAUGCCCAUUGUGAUAUCAUCAUAGAGAAGCCGACCUACUUCAUGAAACUGGAUGCAGGUGUGAAUAUGUAUCACCACUUCUGUGAUUUUGUCAAUCUUUAUAUCACCCAGCACGUCAACAAUUCUUUCAGCACUGACAUCAACAUUGUUAUGUGGACCACAAGUGUGUAUGGAUAUGGUGAUCUGUUCAGCGACACGUGGAAGGCUUUCACAGACUAUGAAAUCACUCAUCUGAAAGCCUAUGAUAAUAAAAGGGUGUGCUUUAAAGACGCAGUGUUUGCAUUGCUCCCCCGGAUGAGAUACGGUCUGUUCUACAACACUCCGUUGAUAUCACACUGUCACGGAAGCGGAUUAUUCCGAGCGUUUUCUCAGCAUGUGCUGCAUCGACUGAAUAUUACCCAGCACCCGGCAACGGAGGCAAAGAUCCGUGUCACCAUACUUGUACGCAGCACCGAGUUUCGGAAAAUCCUGAACCUGGAUGAGCUGGUUCAAGCGCUGGAGGCGGUGCCCACGUUUCAGGUGAAAGUGGUAGAUUACAAGUACAGAGUCCUGGGGUUCCUGGAGCAGCUGUCAAUCACACACAACUCUGACAUAUUCAUAGGAAUGCACGGAGCCGGACUCACCCACCUGCUCUUCCUUCCGGACUGGGCUGUUGUCUUUGAGCUGUACAACUGUGAGGAUGUGCGUUGUUAUUUAGACUUGGCGAGACUGCGCGGGAUCCAAUACAUGACGUGGGAGAAGGGAGAUAAAGUAUUUCCUCAAGACAAGGGACAUCAUCCUAAUUUGGGAGAGCACCCAAAAUUCACCAAUUACGCCUUCGAUGUAGAGGAAUUUCUGCGUCUGGUCCAGCAGGGGGCGACAUACGUGUCUCGUCAUUCCAAGUGGCCGCUCCGCAGGACUCGAGAUGAGCUGUGACUUCCCAGGGGCACAAACCAUUGAAUGUUCCGUGUCUGGGCGGGUGAGACAUCACGGUUUGGUCGAUGGAGUUGAACCUGAUGAUAAAGGUUAAUGAUGUCAUGUUUCUGGCCCAUUACCUGUCCUAGGAAGAAGAGAUUUGGACUUUUUUUUUUUAAAUUCCUGUAAAAAAAGAAAACACAAUUGGUUAAGUACUAAUUAGUAAUUGGUUAAGUACUAAUUAGUAAUUAGUGCUUCACUUCAGUAUGUCAUCUCUCCUACAGGUCCUACAGGGUUGUCUUGUAGCCUUUUCAUGGAUCCCACCUUCUGGUGUUGCUGAAAUACAACUCCCAGCACCCAUCAAACCUUUAACGGGGGAUGCUGUGGGUUCCAGAAAUAUUAAGGCUUUCUACUUAGGAGCACAGUUUGGCUCUGAAAGGCUCUAGAAAAGGGAAUCCCUUCCAGAGAAGAAGCGAGAGAAGAAAUGAGAAUGGAGAGAGAGAAGGACAAAGAAAAAAAGGGAAGAUAAUGGAAGAGAAGAGAGAUUGGAAGGGGCUACAAGGCAAAUGGAUAAAAUAAAGGGAAAGUAAAAAAUAAAAUUUGCAUGAGACAGGCCCCUAUUGCCAGCAUUCAGCUAUGGAGCAGCUAGAAGGCCCUUAUAUAUUCAGCUUCAAUGUCAGGCUGGGUGGGAUGCUUUGGACAACAGGGGAAGAGUUUUGGGAAGAGAAGAGAUAGAGAGUAGAGUUCCCAUCAUAUGGAUGAGCAGCCUGGGACCCACAAGUGAGGUUGGACCCCCAUAAGACUCUGGGGCCCCAUAUGGAGAUACGGCAGCUGUGUAGGUUCAGAUCCGACCCUCCCAUUUACAGUAUAUCUAAUGUCGGAAUAUGCAGGUUACUGUGUUCAUGUCUCUUUUUAUAACGCUGGUGUUUGUACAGUUUUUAUCCAGUUUCAGCUUCAUGACUUUGAUACAAUUUGUCACUUUUUUAAAUAUUAAAAUGAGAUUUUAACUGAAAA